AAAGCAUAAAGAAAUAGAAAAGUACGCAAAUACAUACUUAUAGGUUCAUUGUACAUACGUAUGCACAUAAAUAGAACUAUAUAAGCUGCAUUCUUGCGCUGUUUUUACAGUUAUUCGGUCAAGCAGCUCUCGUGCUAAUCAAAUAUCAGUACUCUCCAAUUGACCUCAGAGCAUAAAAAAUCACAAACUGAUUGCGAUUGUCUCGCAAAAUGCAAACAACAAGGAACUUCAAGGGGUUGAGUGUGCUCCUCCUCCUCCACUUUCUCUUCGCCACUCUAAUAUCGCAGACAGAAUGUAUUGGCUUUCGACGAGGUCGCCGAUUUGAUGGUUUCGUGGGUGAGCCAAGUAAAGUGGCUGGAUUGCAACGUCUAUUGGAUUCAGAGGAUUUGUGGUUCGAGCAGCGAUUGGAUCACUUCACUCCAAAGGACACACGCACUUGGCAGCAGCGUUAUUAUGUGAACGAUCAAUACUAUCGCAAUGAUAGCCAGGCUCCAGUGUUCUUGAUGAUCGGCGGCGAGGGCGAGGCCACCAAAAAGUGGAUGCAUGAAGGCGCCUGGAUACAUUAUGCCGAGCACUUCGGUGCUUUGUGUAUCCAGCUUGAGCAUCGUUUCUACGGCAAGAGUCAUCCAACAAGCGAUCUUUCCACCACCAACUUGGCUUAUCUAAGCUCGGAACAGGCGUUGGCAGAUUUAUCUAACUUUGUGAUUGCCAUGAAGGCCAAACAUAACCUAGCGGAUACCCAAAAGUGGAUUGCAUUCGGUGGAUCAUAUCCCGGCUCUUUAGCUGCCUGGGCGCGAGAGAAGUAUCCGAAUUUAAUCUACGGUGCCAUCAGUUCCAGUGGCCCUCUGUUGGCUCAAGUGGAUUUUAAGGAAUACUUUGAAGUGGUCAAGGCUUCGUUGGCAAGCUACAAGCCCGAGUGUGUAGAAGCUGUGCAGCGGAGCUUUGCCCAAGUCGAAAUACUGUUGAGACACAUGAUCGGACAACGCAACCUCGAUGAUAAGUUCAAAACUUGCACGCCUUUGAAAGACUCGAUUGAAAACCCAUUGGACAUAGCGAAUUUCUUUGAAAAUAUCGCUGGUAACUUUGCUGGCGUUGUGCAGUACAACAAGGACAACAGUCCACAUGCCACCGUCACCAUUGACGAAAUCUGCGAUAUCAUGCUUAAUACUACGAUUGGUCCACCGGUGACACGUUUGGGUGCCGUUAAUGACUUGCUUCUGAAGGACUCAAAGACCAAGUGUCUGGACUACAAGUAUGAUAAGAUGGUAGCCGACAUGAAAAACGUUUCCUGGGACUCGGAGACGGCCAAGGGCAUGCGUCAAUGGAUCUACCAAACCUGCACUGAAUUUGGAUUCUAUCAGACGUCGGAGAACAAAUCCGAUACAUUUGGCGAUCGCUUUGGUGUUGACUUCUUCAUACGCCAAUGCAUGGAUGUGUUUUCCGAUCGCAUGGAUUCCAAAUACCUGGAUCAGGUUGUUGCCCAAACCAAUAAAUAUUAUGGUGCCCUCAAGCCAGAGACCACUCAGGUUCUUUAUGUGCAUGGCUCCAUUGAUCCCUGGCAUGCGUUGGGUCUGUAUGUCUCAGCCAACACCAAGACACCCACAAUUUAUAUUGAAGGCACCGCACAUUGCGCCAACAUGUAUGAGCCAUCGAACAGUGAUCCGCCUCAGCUGAAGGAGGCACGCAACAAGAUACUUAAGUAUCUGGCCAAAUUACUGGACGGUUAUGCCAGCCAAGCGAAGUUCUCUUGAAUUUCAACAGAAAUCUAAAACCAAAUCAUAUCUUGCCAACUUGG